CUUUAAACUGGAGCCUAUGGACAUGAGAGAGACAACUGAACUCUGACAUAUCUUCAAUUUAUUUAACAAGGUAAGUUCCCAAUUUUUCCAAAACCAAUCUUAGUUCUUCUAUCAUAUCAAAGCUUAUUUUCACAUUUUGAACUAAGAGGCCUACUGCAAGACAAUGUUUGUUUCCUAUUUCCCCCCAGCUGAUGUCUCUCUCUCCAUGCAUGAUUGUACGGUCAUUGUAAGGUCCAUAAAGUAGCUUCAUUAAUGUUGACCUCUGCUCCGACCGGCUAUUCCGUAAUGGGUGUCACGACCCUGAUUUGUCUCUCUUUUUACUGGCUGAUGGGUGGACAAUUCCUGAAAAGAACAUACCAAUGUUCUCGCAGCUGAUGAACAUUUAAUGUGCAUCUUAUGGUGCGUGUGCCCUCAGCUGGAAAUAUUGCAAAAUCAGCUGUUCAAUUUCGCUUUUUACUUACAACGCAAUAGCUUUGCUCAAUAUCCGUUCAGUUGUCCGUAUCCAGGGUGGUUUAAAGGUUAGAUUGUGGUGUUAUUAUAGGUAUAAAGGCGAAAAUUACAAGUUUGCGCAUGUGGAUCAUUUGGUUAAACGUUGUUUAUUAGACAUAGCUCAGUCAAAAUCCUUCAUUUAGGUGUGGUAAACCUCUCCUGAUGUCAUGUUUCCCCUUUUAGUUUACCUGCAUUAAACUUUUAUAACUCGCCUCUUCUCCUCCUCCUCCCCUUCCCUUCUCUCCUCUCCUAAAGGAAACACCACCAUCUCCUCUUGACCCCUUGUUCCUCCCUCCUAUACCGCCAUGUCGGUAUCCUUGUCCAGCAUCCCUGUCGUGCUGAAGGACACGAGCUACCACGCCGGCAUGCUGAAGGGAAGUCCGGCGCGGGGCUUCUUCCCUGGCCCCCACCACCCAUACAUGGACUUCUUCCCGCGGACUCACAGCCUCCUCCACCCGCUCAAGUCCCUCGGGCGUCUCGUGUCUGACGCUCAGGGGUCUCUGCCGCUCAACUUGCACGGCGGGGCCCCUCAGUUCCCGCACCACCCCUCAGUCCUUCACGAGCACAUGUUUAGCGCCUCUGGGAUCCCUUACCUGAGCCAGAUGUUGCCAGGGCAACAUCAGCACGCCAAACCCGAGGAGCUGGCUGCGGUGGUGACGGAGCACGCGGCCGGUCCGCUGUCCUCAGACUUCAGCAGCCCAUCCAGUGAGAGGUCCUCCUCCGUGUCCACUUCCACGCCGGCCAAAGAGAGUUUGUUUCGGCUCCGGAGCGCAGAGACUUCGCCGGAGAAAACGCGCACGUGUUAUAAUUUCAGCGAAGAUGACUUGUUCAUGGUACUGUACGGUUACUCUGGCAACCAGGAGCGGAACGUGGGUCACGCAAUAUCAGGACUGACGCUGCCAGAAAAGUCAGGUGAGACUUUAUAAUCAGUUAUUAAAUGUUUGUUUUGUAUUAAGAGGUAAAGUCUCGAAAAUAUCUGUCUAAAUGGAGAUCUACUUCCCUAAAAUUGGAAUAAACUAUCUCAAAAUAACUGUAAACUCAACAUAAAUGAGCUUCUAGUGUUUUAUCUACAAUGUUCUUAAUUCAAUAUUUUCUUUUUCAGUCUCUGACUCUCAUAUUCUUCCACUGGACAAAGAAGCGCUCGAAGUUCCAGAUGGUAAACACACUUUUUAUUUAACCCUUUAAUGCCUUUUGUAUCAUAUUUUUGUUACUUACUUUUUAUACUUCUAUCAAAUUAAUAUGAUCAACAAAUUUCUAAAACAAAAACACCUGAAUACAGUCCGAUAAAUGAUAAAAAUGUCCUCUUCCUCUCGUAUCAAAUGAGAUAAAUAAAUAUACUUUAAGGACAUUUUGAUUUAAGUGAAAUAAACAUUUAAGCUCCAAAAAAAUUGUGAAUUUUCUGCCCAUAAUUUGUGGUGUCAGGUAUUAAAGGGUUACGAAAACAUCCAAUUUAAUUCUGUUUAUGGGGUUCAUAUGUGACACUAGUGUUUUCUUCGUGUUGCAGGGUUGACAAUCCUUCAGACAACGUGGGGAAACGUGUCACACCGUGGGGUUUUCACUGACAAAACCAGCAUCCCCAAAGGCACUCGCUUCGGACCAUUCCAGGGAAAACUGGUCAACACCAGCGAGAUUAAAACCUAUGACGAUAACACGUUAAUGUGGGAGGUAAUGAGCUAAAAUGCUUUAAAAAAAACAGUCUUUGUGUUGUCGUGGGAGUUUGGAUUUAACAAGCAGGUAAAUAUUUUCCUCCAGGUGUUUGAAAACGGCCGCUUGAGCCACUUCGUGGACGGCAGAGGAGGUUCAGGAAACUGGAUGUCUUUGGUGAAGUGUGCUCGCUUCCCGGACGAGCAAAACCUGAUCGCUGUUCAGGUCCAGGGUCAGAUCUUUUACGAGGCCUGCAAAGAGAUCCGGCCUGGCCAGGAGCUGCUGGUGUGGUAUGGAGACUGCUAUAUGCAAUUCCUUGGAAUCCCCCUAACUUUGAAAGACCCCAGAGAGGAAAACAACGUGGUGUCUCAAGCUGAAGGUCAGAAUCUAGUUCCUUAAAUUCAACAUUUUCUUUAAUCCCUGUCUCCUACCUCCACAAUGCUGAACAUGUUUUUUUUUAUAAUCCUCCAGAUUCUGGUGAGGGCUUCAAGUGUGACAGAUGCGGGAAAGUGUUUGCCUACAAGUACUACAGAGACAAACACCUCAAAUACACGCGUUGCGUGGACCAGGGAGACAGGAAAUUCCCCUGUCACCUCUGCAACAGAUCCUUCGAGAAGAGAGACAGAUUAAGGAUACACAUUUUGCACGUGCACGAGAAACACCGGCCUCACAAGGUACGAGAAAACAAGCCUUUAUACCUGCUGAACCGAUGGCUACAGGUCGUUAGGUGUGUGCAGAAGUUUUUGUGGUGCUGAAAGAACAGCUCCCUACUGUGUCACUAACAAACGUCAGACUUUUACAGUGCUUAUAAAUUACCGUAAAAUUACCGUAAAACCUCCAGUCAGUGAUAUUUUUUAAGGAUUAAUGCCCACAAAAAAAUGAAAAUUAAGAAAUAAUUUCCAUUCUUUUACCACAGAAAAAAAUAAAGGCUUCUAAAAUUGGCCUUUGAAAUAUCCAAAUUAUUAUUUUUAAUGUCAGUAAAUACUCCGGGAAAAUAUUAAUUGUUUAUUUUUUUCUUUAACAUCCAAAAAAUGCUCUGACUCAUGAUGGUGUUUUUUUAUUUCUUCCAUUUUUAGUGCUCAGUCUGUGGAAAGAGUUUCUCCCAGUCGUCUAGUCUCAACAAACACAUGCGUGUGCACUCUGGAGAGAGACCAUACAAGUGUGUCUACUGUAAUAAGGUAAGAAUAUUUAUUUAUGUUAACUCGUAAAUAUGUUUGAUAAUGGCCUUUACUCAAUAUUUCACGUUGGGCUCAAAGUAGAGAAGAGGGAAAUGUAAAUACGGAGUUAAUUUUUUUUUUAUAUAUAUAUAUAUAAAUAAGAAAAAAUAUAUAUUUUCCUUGGACGUGAGUAGUUUAUUCAAAGCUUUAAAAUCAGAUUAAUACAUUAACUUCUCAUCCUGUUUCUUUUUUAAUAAAUCCUGACACACAGGCCUCCGUUUCCCCUUCUCUCUUCUUCUCCGUUUAUUUUGUACUAACACUGUCCCUCAUCCAUUUUGUGUCCCUUGUUUCAUGGUGCAUUUAGCGCGAGCCCCCAUCAUUGUCUUGUGGCUGGGCACGCUCCGCGAGGACACUUACAUGCUAAUUAUCGCCAGAUGCACACCCACCCUUUUGUCUAACGGGAUUAUACUUCAAAUUUACGGCCCUUGAAUGAGCAGAAGUUUUUUUGUUCUUUUUUUCUCUGAUAUCCUCCCCUUUUUUACGCACCCAGAGAGGGUUUUGUUUAAACUAAUCCCCCUUUCUACUUACCCGAACACUUUGGGCAUUACGGCACGUGACCAGGGGCUGACAGUCUUUCGAUAGGUUUAAAAAAAAAACACUAAUGCACGAGACGAAAAACGUUAGUCGACGUUUAAAUUUUGUUAGCAAUAAGCUAAUUUCAAAAUAAAGUCGUCAACGGUAUGGACAUGUGGCAAGUUUAGAAAUACUAGAUAAAUUUAGCGACCUUCAAAUGGAACAGGAAAUAUUUUGCCUCUCAAAUAUAAGUAUUUUGAAGUCUGAAUUUAUUAAAAGCCUCGUGUUUUCCUUCAGGCCUUCACUGCCUCCAGCAUCCUCCGCACACACAUCCGUCAGCAUUCCGGAGAGCGGCCCUUCAAGUGUAAGCACUGCGGGAAGGCCUUCGCCUCACACGCCGCCCACGACAGCCACGUCCGGCGGACUCACGCGAAGGACAAGCCGUAUCCCUGCGAGCUGUGCGGGGCUGCUUUUCAGGAGGAGCAGGAGCUUCACUACCACAUGAAAACCCACACAAGUAAGAAAUUAGACUUUAUUUACUACAGCUAGUGUAGCUAAUACAGGCCAUAGACACUCUUAAUGCUGUAUUAUGCCUUAAAAUAAUUACAAUUAGAAAUAUGUGAACGUAAUUAAAGAAAAUUUAAACCCUGCACUAGCCUACAUUUUUAUCCUGUGGCCUAUUAGCAGCAAUCUCUCCUAAAUCAGCUUUGUGCUUUUCACAAUGACUUUGUACCAUAUUGUACAGAGAUGGGCCUGUAUUUUUCACAUUUUGGAUUUCUGUACAGCCUGUUAUUUUUUGUGCAAAGCCAAGAAAAUGUUGCAUUACUGAGCCUGCUUGAAGUCUGGUAACUCAUUAUUAUAUUUAUUCAUUUGCAGAAAUCUUGGACAGUACAAGUCUUCAGACCUCUCCAAGCAGCGGACUGCAGGAAGAUACCACGUUUGCAGUAAAGGACAAUCCAAAAUCCCAGAAAAACUUGACUUACUCUGGGCUAACAGUUUUGAACCCAGAAUAUCGUCCCUGGAACUAAGCCCGAGAAUCUGAACUAGACUGCACUCAGUAAAAUCAAACAAAUCCAACAACUCGAGUCAUGUAUAAUAGUCUGUUUUACAGGAUUUUAUACUGUACAAGAUACUACAAAAAUACAAGGGGAUAAAAAAAAUGACCAUAAAGCCAUAAAAGAUAAAAAAGAGAAGCCUUCAAGGUGGGAUCUUGUGUUUUUUCAUUGCAUAAAUGCUGCUUUAAAAGGGUUAUUCUAUAACAGACCUAUUUAAUAAAAGCUCAUCAUAAAUUAAAUUGUUAGAAAAUGUGCGUAACUCUAUUUAUAAUACAUUAAAAUGUGUGAUCUGUUGUUUUGUGGCUCAAAGCUUUCACUCUGCAGUGAUUCUAACCCAGUGUAAUUUAAUAAUAAUAAUAAUUAAUAAUAAAAGUAAUGAUGACAAUAAUAAUAAUUUCAUUUUUAUUUGUAAUUUAUCUUUAUUAUUACUACAUUGGGUUUUCUUGCAACCACUAGUGCUUGAAAAGCAAAAGUAUUUCUGUCAUUGUUGAUUGGAGCAUAUUUGUGUACGAAAUAUAUGUAAUACCCUUCCUUUAUUUAUAAUGUAAGUAAAUAUUUUCUACUGUAAUGUGAGGCUGCUAAAUAAUCCAAAGACUCUGCAUACAUUUUUUUUUUGUGCGUCUGCUUUUUUCAUGAUGAACAAAUAAAAAAAUCAGCGCAUGAAAACAAGAUUUUUUACCUUCUUUUAUUGAUCUGGUAAUACAGUGAAAUCUCCAACAGGAUAAAUUAUUUACUGUGUUAUUUGAAA